UUUCAUGACCAGGGAAAACGAGGAUUCUAUGGAGCGACCUCUUGGGUGCUAUAAGGAAAAAAAUAACAUAAGAAGAAGAAAUCAUCUCAAGAUAAGAAGAAAAAAAGAAGCGUCAACUCUCUAUUGCAUUUAAAUGCCCAUAUGAUCGUGGCCAUGACGGAGAAAGCAUCAAAAUGCCUGGAGUGUGGAAAGAGUUUCACUCGGAGGGAUCAUCUGCAGCAGCAUCAAAGGACCCACACUGGAGAGAAACCCUACACAUGCCUGGAGUGUGGAAAAAGCUUCGCUGAGAGUGGAAGUCUACGUUCGCAUCAAAGGACUCACACUGGAGAGAAACCCUACACAUGCUUGGAGUGUGGAAAGAGCUUCACUGAGAGUGGAAACCUGCGUUCUCAUCAACGGACCCACACUGGAGAGAAGCCCUAUACAUGCCUGGAGUGUGGACAGAGCUUCACUCAGAGUUCAGGUUUACAUUCACAUAAAAGGACUCACACUGGAGAAAAGCCCUAUACAUGCCUGAAAUGUGGAAAGAGUUUUGCUUGGAGUGUAAAGCUACGUUCACAUGAAAGGACUCACACUGGAGAGAAACCUUAUAAAUGCCUAGAGUGCGAAAAGAGCUUUGCUGAGAGCGGACAUCUGCGUUCACAUCAACGGACUCACACCGGGGAAAAACCCUAUACAUGCUUGGAGUGUGGAAAGCGUUUCACUGAGAGUGGAAGCCUACGUUUGCAUCAAAGGACUCACACUGGAGAGAAACCCUAUACGUGCCUGGAGUGUGGAAAGAGUUUCACUUAUAGUUCAGUUCUACGUUCACAUCAACGAACUCACACUGGGGAGAAACCCUAUACAUGCCUGGAGUGUGGACAGAAGUUCACUGAGAGUGGAAGCCUGCGUUCACAUCAAAGGACUCACACUGAAGAGAAACCCUAUUCAUGCCUGGAGUGUGGACGGAGCUUCACUCAGAGUUCACGUCUACGUUCACAUCAACGGACUCACACUGGGGAGAAACCCUAUACGUGCCUGGAGUGCGGAAAGAGCUUUGCUCAGAGUAGAAACUUACAUUUGCAUGAAAGGACUCACACUGGAGAGAAACCCUAUACGUGCCUGGAGUGUGGACAGAGUUUCACUUAUAGUUCAGGUCUACAUUCACAUCAGUGGACUCACAUGGGCAGGAAAUCUUAUACAUGCCUGGAGUGUGGAAAGAGUUUUGCUUGGAGUGCAAGCCUGCGUUCACAUGAAAGGACUCACACUGGGGAAAAACCCUAUAAAUGCCUGGAAUGUGGACAGAGCUUCACUCAGAGUUCAAGUCUACGUUCGCAUCAAUGGAUCCACACUGGGGUGAAACCCUAUAAAUGCCUGGAGUGUGGAAAGAGCUUUGCUCAGAAUGCAGUUCUACAUAAACAUCAAAGGACUCACACAGGGGAGAAACCCUAUACGUGCCUGGAGUGUGGAAAGAGCUUUGCUUGGAGUGGACGUCUACGUUUGCAUCAAAGGACACACACUGGGGAGAGACCUUAUAAAUGCCUGGAGUGUGGAAAGAGCUUUGCUGAGAGUGGACAUCUGCGUUCACAUCAACGGACUCACACGGGGGAAAAACCCUAUACAUGCCUGGAAUGUGGGCUGAGCUUCAUUCAGAGUUCAGGUCUACAUAGACAUCAGAUGAUUCACACUGGGGAGAAACCAGAGUGUGGAAAGAGCUUCUCAGAGUUCAAAUUUACAUAGGCGUAGAAUUCACACUGGAGAGAAUAGUGGUAUUUUUGUAUAAAUUUUUAUUGAGAGAUAGGAGAGAAAAUAGUAACAACAACAGUGGUAUUUGACACCUAAUAAUAAUAACACCUCCUGCCAUGCAGGAAAAGCUCAAUCAAAGUAUCCCUGACAGAUGGCAUGUGGAAAGAGCUUCUCUGAGAGUUGAAAUCUAUAUAGACAUUGGAGGCUGUGCCACCGGGGGGCGGGGGUGG